GAGGCGCUCCAGUCUAUGCUGUCAGUCCUGUCAGUUUUAUUUGUACGAAAAGGUGUCUAAAAAGCUUUUUAUUCCUUUUUUCAAAGGAUUUUGUAUUAAAUUUAUUACUAAUUGUGUGUGGAAAGGUGCAGGAAAAUCCAUUUUAUUGAAACAUACUCAAAAAUUGCAAAAAUUCUCCACAAAAACAAUUUUUCAACAAAAUGACAAAAGGAGAGACUGGAAAGGACUCCAAGGAGUCAGAGGAAGGUGAUAGAAGGCGAGAAAAGUCUUUGACACCCCCAAGGGCGAAGAAACCGCGAACUUCAGAGAACGAUUCAAAACGUCCGGAAGACAAACGCGAAGAUCAAUCGGAAGAUGCUUACAAGAGGAAGGAGCGUCGUCGUUCGAGAUCCAGAUCCCGGUCGAGGGAGAAGAGACCCAGUGAGAGGGAGAAAUCCAAUCCGGAGGUGAUUACAGAGCGUCAGAGGCGAACUGUGGACUUGCUGACGUCAAAAACGGGCGGAGCUUACAUUCCUCCGGCUAAAUUGAGAAUGAUGCAAGCUGAGAUCACGGACAAAUCCUCAGCUGCCUACCAGAGGAUAGCCUGGGAGGCUCUCAAGAAGUCCAUUCAUGGCUACAUCAACAAAGUGAAUGUGGACAAUAUUGGGAUAAUCACGCGUGAACUCCUGAAAGAGAACAUUGUCCGUGGUCGGGGACUGCUCUGUCGGUCAAUUAUCCAAGCCCAGGCUGCCUCUCCCACAUUCACCCAUGUCUAUGCUGCCCUCGUGGCUGUCAUCAACUCCAAAUUCCCAAACAUCGGCGAACUCCUGCUCAAGCGACUCGUGAUUCAGUUCAAACGCGGCUUCCGGCGCAAUGACAAAGCCACCUGCAUCUCUUCAUCGCGCUUCUUGGCCCAUCUCGUGAAUCAGCGCGUUGCCCAUGAGAUCCUGGCCCUGGAAAUCCUCACGCUGCUCGUGGAGAGUCCAACGGAUGAUUCCGUGGAAGUGGCCAUUGCCUUCCUCAAGGAAUGUGGCCAGAAGUUGACAGAAGUGACUGCCAAGGGCGUCAAUGCCAUCUUCGAGAUGCUAAAAAACAUCCUGCACGAGGGAAAACUGGACAAGAGGGUGCAGUACAUGAUUGAAGUCGUGUUUCAAGUGCGCAAAGAUGGAUUCAAGGAUCACGUCUCAGUCAUCGAAGCCCUGGAGCUGGUGGAGGAGGAUGAUCAAUUUACGCAUCUCGUGAUGCUGGACGAGGCCACGGAGACGCAGGAUGUUCUCAAUGUCUUCAAGUACGACGCAGAAUACGAAGCGAAUGAGGCCAAGUACAAAGGACUGAGUAAGGAAUUGUUGGGGAGUGAUGCAAGUGACACCGAAUCAGGAAGCAGUGAUGGCAGUGACAGUGAUUCGGAUUCGGAUGAUUCCAAUGAGGAAGGGCAGCAGGAGGAGAAGAAAGCGGGCGAGACGAUAAUUGACAACACAGAAACGAAUCUCGUGGCUCUCAGACGCACAAUCUACCUCACCAUUCACUCCAGCUUGGACUACGAGGAAUGUGCCCACAAAUUGAUGAAGAUGGAACUGAAGCCAGGGCAGGAAAUGGAACUGUGUCACAUGUUCCUGGACUGCUGUGCCGAACAGAGGACCUAUGAGAAAUUUUACGGGCUUCUGGCACAGAGAUUCUGCAUGAUCAACAAGGUCUACGUAGCGCCUUUUGAGGAGAUUUUUCGGGAUACUUAUUCGACGACUCAUCGAUUGGAUACGAAUCGCCUGAGGAAUGUCAGCAAGUUCUUUGCGCAUCUUCUGUUUACGGAUGCCAUCGGAUGGGAUGUGCUGGAGUGCAUUAAGCUCAAUGAGGAGGAUACCACAAGUUCCAGUCGGAUCUUCAUAAAGAUUCUGUUUCAGGAAUUGGUGGAAUACAUGGGAUUGGGCAAAUUGAACAAUCGGCUGAAGGAACCAAUUCUCCAGGACUCCUUUGCCGGCCUCUUUCCACGGGAUAAUCCCAAAAAUACCCGAUUUGCCAUCAAUUUCUUCACUUCAAUUGGAUUGGGAGGACUGACGGAUUCGUUGAGGGAACAUCUGAAGCAAAUACCGAAAACGGUGGGUCCUGCAAUUGGGAUUCCGGUGCAGAAGGUCGACAGUAGUUCGUCAUCUUCAUCUUCGGAUUCGUCGUCGUCGUCAUCGUCUUCGUCUUCAGACUCGUCAGAUAGUUCCUCGGACAGCAGCAGUUCGGAUUCCGAGUCAUCAAGUGAAUCCUCGUCAGACAGUGACAGCAAGAGGAGGAAGAAGAAGAAGAAGGAGAGCAAGAAGCCGCCUCCGAAGGAGAAGAAGAAAACAGGGAACCGGGAGAAGGAACAGCGUCCGAAACGUUCGUCAAGAGAGAGGAGACCUUCGGCCAAUGGAAGAGACAGCAGGAGGCACGAAAGGGCCAGAGAGGGCAGAGAUGAGUCAAGGGAGAGGCGGGAGAGGAAGAGAGAAAGGAGUCCGCGGAGGGAGAAGGAACGAAGAAGGGAUUACUACGAAGAUCGCAGGGAAAGAUCGCAAAGACGAGAAAGAUCAAGAGAUCGGCGGAGGUAAACUUCGCCUCGAUCCUCUAAAAAGUUCAACUGUAAAACGUGAUUGUGGAUCAUUAAAAGCUAAUAAAGAAAAAAAA